AUGUGUAAGGGCGUCAUGCCGUCGCCACUGCGGACAUACCCCGAUUACCGCAGCCUGCGGGACGAGAACGCAUUCCUACGAGGCAGAGUCAAGGAGCUCGACCUGCAGCACAAGGAUGCGGAGGUGGAACUGCAGGAGGGGCGCGAGGCGCGCGUCGCCCUCGCCGGCAAGGCCGCCGCCGACGCGCAGACCGCACACAUCAGCAUGUGCGAGCUGCAGGAGGAACGAGCGCAACAUCGGGAGUGCGCGCAACGGCUGCGCGACGAGCGGCUGGAGACUGCCAGACUCCAGUCCGAGAUUGCCGAGCUGCGCAUCAUCUCUUGCCGCCUUGCUCACGAGAGGCUAAGCCAAGCUGCGAGCGCACAGCAGGAGGCGGUGGUGCUUCGCGUCUCGCUCGCCGAGGCCGAGGAGGAGUCGUGCCGGUGGCGAACCGAGGCCGAAGCUCUCGGCGCAAGCCUCGCCGCCGCCCGGGCCGAGCUCGAGGAGCUUCGCACAACAGCCGCUGAGCUCACGGCGGCAA